UUCAUUCUUUUUUUGCCCCCCGAUUGCGGCGGAGCACUUGGCGUUGCAUAGGUCACGAUUCACAGCGCAGUCCGGCCUCACAAAUCGGAUCCGACCCAUCUCUCUCUCUGACUCGGCGCCCUUCUCAAUGACUUAUCCGCCAUGGCCCGCUCUCCUCUUCCUCCAUUGCCUCUUCUUCGCCACCUCUCUAUCUCUCCCUCUCCCUCUCGGUGCAGACAUAAAAGCAUUGACCGUUGGAGAUGAGAUCAAGAACGACUCUCUGCCCUUAAACAUGGGCCAGCGCAUUUAUGAGCUGCGGGGCCUCAAAGAAUCCGCUUGGUAUGAAGUGAAGAUUUCUUACCCGGCUUCUAUUCCUGCUAGAUUUUCUAUCCAAUUGGAGACUGGUGAGUUGGAGCUUUGGUUGCGCAAGAACCGGAGAUUGCUCAACACCGAGAAGCUAAUUUUCAACGCCGACAGUCAUAGGCCGGUAUAUGUUGUUGUGACUGUGGAGGCUGAGGGGGUUGUCGCGAAGCCAAAUGUGAAGGAGAGGGAACUGGUGGUCUUCAAUAUUGUGUGUGAUGAGUUAAUGCUCGGGAUUCCACAUGAUGCUUGGUUGGUAGCAAUUGCAGGUCUCCUCUGUCUGGUGCUGGCAUUGAUCAUUCCGUCUUUCCUCUCACCACAUCUGUUGCUGAGGAAUGCAAGCUCUCAAUCAAGUAGUGUGGCUGCAACAAAGGUUUCAUAAGUUGUAACAUGGCCUGCUAUAUAGGGACAUUGAUCUAAUGUGCAAUUUAGUUCUUGUCUAUUAAAAUCUUCGAAUUAGGUUGUGAUGCUAGAGCCUGAGGAUCAGUAGUCUAACCUGUCGUAUAAAAUUCAUUCGCCUUCUUUCUUUUGUAAUUCUUACAAUAUUCAAUGCAUAAUUUUGAUGACCAGAA